AUGACUCAAGAUGAGAAUCCUCUUAGCGAUAAGCCGCCUGAUGUGCUGCGGCGGUCCUCGACUGUCCAGACGAACGACUUUGACGACUCAUUUCUAGCAAGGGUGAGAUCGUUUUUCCGACGUGAUGACCACAUUGGACUUGUCAGUAAACAUCGGCUGCGUGACUCUCUCGAGAUCGAGGUCCAUACGUGGGAGGGAAAGGAUGAUCCGGAUAACCCCUUUAAUUGGAGUAAUCGAUACAAAUGGACAUUGACCAUUACAGUUUGCAUAAUAUCCAUUCUUACUGGCAUUCCCGCAGGUUCUUAUGGAGCCGGAAAUGAAUGGAUGGCGCAGCAAUUCCAUGUUCAGAAUGUACCCUUUCCGAAUCUUGCCUGGGCUACCGUGUCCUGGAACAUGGGGGCUGCCUUCUGGCCGCUCAUCUUCGUGCCCUUGACGGAAUCCUCCGGCCGCAUGCCAGGCUACUUUGUCGCAUAUUUUAUUCUUGUCGUUUCCUUGUUCCCAUCGGCUUUCGCUCAGAAUUUUGCUACCUUGGUUGUCACUCGGUUUUUCGGUGGUGGCGCGUCCUCUGUUUCCAUCAACAUCGUGGGAGGCAGUAUUAGUGAUGUCUGGCAGGGAGACCGGGCGCGGAGUAUCCCAAUGUCGCUGUUUGGGCUGACCAGCGUGAUUGGAAUUGCUUUAGGGCCUUUUGUCGGGUCAGCAAUCCAGUCGAUCCAUAAGAAAAGCCCCUGGCGAUGGAUCUUCUACAUUCAAAUCAUUUACAAUGCUGCCCUCAUCCCCGUCUUUUGGCUCUUACUCCAAGAAACCCGUGCGGACGUCAUUCUCAGCAAACGAGCCAAACGCAUUCGAAGAGAAACCGGUCGCGCUGUAUAUGCCAUCAACGAGCUGAACCACGAGAGCAUCUGGCGACUUCUUCAGGUCUCCUUUGAGCGCCCAACUCGAAUGCUCCUCACCGAGCCCGUGGUGGCAUUCUUCACCCUUUGGAUUAGUUUCGCGUGGGGUAUCUUAUUCCUAUUCUUUUCGAGCGUGGUCCAGACCUUCUCGAGCAAUUAUGGGAUGAACACCCUACAAACCGGCCUGGUCGAUUUGGCCAUCAGUGUCGGGGCCCUAAUCGGUACCCUCGUCAACCCGCUCCAGGAUAUGAUCUACCAGCAAUCAGCACGUCGCAACCGCGAGCAUCCUGGUCGCCCGAUCCCGGAGGCUAGACUAUACACCUCCAUCCCCGGAAGUAUCCUCUUCACGGCCGGCCUAUUCUGGUACGGGUGGGCUAGUGUUCCUCCUACGCACUGGAUUGUCCCAACCAUUGGCAUCGCAGUCACCGGUCUUGGGAUCUAUUCCAUCUACAUGGCGGUGGUCAACUAUCUCACAGACGCGUACGAGAAGUACGCUGCUUCCGCCCUCUCCGCGGCAUCGUUGGGGAGAAACACAUUCGGUGCCUUCUUGCCUCUGGCUUCGUAUCAGCUUUUUGCGAAUCUGGGAUAUGGAUGGGCGGGGUCGUUGCUGGGGUUCAUCGGACUAGCAUUGUCAGUAGUUCCUGUGGUGUUGGUGAUCAAGGGACCAGCAAUUCGGCGCCGGAGCCCAUUUAUGCGUGAGGCGACUUUCGCACCCGAUGAGACGGACACCAACAAUAGCAAUGGAGGAAACGGCGAUUGA